UGAACAGGAGCUGCGCGUGUUGAAUGACGUCCUCACCGGGGGCUGAAUAAAGCAAUAACGAAUGUAUGUAGUAUGUAUUACUAUGGAGAGUUUAGCGCAGAGGAUUAGAUCAACACUUACCUUAAUAUUUUAAAACUGGAAAACGUUUUCUUUCCGUCGCUCACAUUGAAGAUUGUUGACGACGCUAGCAGGUAGUCGUUGAUAAAUAGCGCACACAUCUGUAACUUUUUAGACGCCAAGGGUUAGUUGAAUGUACCUGCACAAGCGCACAGCAAUAAACUUACCUCAACAAUUUGCUAGGAUAAAUCAUUCCAUAACUGAGGGAGAAGGAACACGGCACAAAACGGAAAGUUCUGGACAGACUGAGGAUGCCUAACACCCGGAUGAGCGCGAUAGCAGAAAAAUCAUGGUGGACCGAGAAAGAUGGGUAGACUCGGUCCAGCGAUAUCCGCUGGUUAAUGCAUGUGUGUGUGACGAACGAAAGACUUCACCCCGCUUCCCCCGUAUUUCAUCCAUAAUUUUUCGUCACACGCACACACCUCUGUGCGGGCGGCGGUUUGCCGUCCAAAAUCUAGAGAGAGAAGACAGGGCCUCUCGCUUUGGCACACAGCAAAAUCUCUCAACAACUUCGGCUCUGCUACUUGGGUAAGUGGGUCCAUAUCUUUGAACUCAGAUUACACAGGCCGCCGUCGGUUUUUGCGUCCUUGGGAUGUGUACGACACGAUCCCAUACAAAACUUCGGCUUUUGCGGACUGGGUUGUAUCCUAAAGCACGCUUGUCGCGGCAAAGUUCACCACAUACACACACACACAUCUCCCUACACUUAUUGUUCAAAAAAGUAGUAGCUCUGAGGAUCUGAAUUUACAAACAAAUAUCAAAAUGUUAUGUUCUGCUAAUGAUAUUGCACUGAAUUCAAUUGCAAUACAUUAAGUUUUUACAUAUCUUUCGUAAAAGUUCGUCAGAGUAUGAAAAUGUCGAUACAAUUUGUCAUGAAUAACUUAAAUUUCAAGAUUUUCGCGCAUAAAAUUAUGACGCACGCUGUGUGUGCGGCGGCGUAAUUCGCUACUCGUAGAGCCGUCUCGCUUCUUCUUGUGUGUGCUUUAUCGUUGCUCACCGCAUCAAGAACAUUGCUGCUCACACACACGUCAGUCUGUGGCAAACAACUGGAGAGGAAGGAUGUGUCGGUUUGCUCCAGAAAUCGUGUGUGAUUUUGGUGUACCGAAUUUGGUUCCAUCGCUGUUUGUUUUGGUGAAACUGAAAAGGUAAGAAUCAUCAACCGAUGUAAAAGUGUGAGAGUAAGAUGAUGCUGAUGGUGAUUUAUACUUUUCUUUGUUUCUCUUCCUACUUUCAUCCACUGAUGGCGUCGAGCAUCGCCGAGGAUGUGAUCGAAUGCGGAAUAUUCUAAAGCUUCAGGAGCUUCAUUCCGGAUUUUGUUUGCAAUAAAGUAAGUUAUGAUAACACACAAAGCAUACGAAAAAAGAGUGAGUAAUCUUAUUCUUAUGCGGCCGGUCUGGUGGUAAAGUCGUCAACUCGUACGACGUAACAACAUGCCCGUCAUGGGUUCAAGUCCCGAAUAGACCGCGACCCCAUACGUUGGACUGACUAUCCUGCUAUGGUAACUGUUCUGUCCCGUGAUCUUUAGCAAGUUUGCCCUACGUUGUGAUAUUUUUUUUGAUCAAUUUGCCAUACACGGAGGAAUUUAUAUUGAUGGUACAGUUCACGUGUGUCUUUAUUCAGUAUCGAUUCGCGACUGAUCGCUGAGCGCCGCGCACCCAGCUCAAGCAGCGUGUGCAAAAACACGCACACACUUACGCCGAAAAUUCUCGUUCCUCUACACUUCUCCUCACCAGUACAUCCUACCGUAUGCGGUACCAAACAUACCGGCCCCCUUCAACAACUAAGUUUUCAAAAUUCUCGUGAACAUUCUAUCAGACAUAUCUUAGACGAAGGUCUUUUCAUUACCCCAGAGGUAGUUUUUAAGGUAACAACACGCACAAUCCCAUCCUGCCCAGGGUGUACUUCUACGAUCCGAGCCAAGGGCCAACGAGCGGGUGGGAGCUGUUCAUCCUUGAUAAUGACGAUGUCUCCGAUAGAGACUUGUUGUUCUGGUGGAUUACGUCGCUGUUGCUGAGCAAGCUCAUGAAGAUACUCUGUACACCAGCGCUGCCAGAAAUGUUGAGCGUACUUCUGCAACCGCUGAUACUGGUCGAGUCGAUUGGUCGGGAGAUCCCGUAUGUCAGUUUCUGGAGGAGGACGCAUCAUUCCCUUGAUGAGAAAAUGACUCGGUGUUAAAGCUGACAAAUCGUUAGGGUCAUUCGAAAGCGGCGUCAACGGACGAGAAUUCAUGCAGCCUUCGAUUUUGAUCAGCACUGUUGCUAGAUCCUCAUAAGAUAGUAGCGAGACACCUAACUGCCUGACCAAAAGCUUCUUGGCCACCUUCACAGCGGCUUCCCAAAGCCCACCGAAGUUUGGUGCACGAGGUGGAAUAAGGUGCCAUUCAAUUCCUUCUUCUGCUAGGUAGUUAUUGAUUUGACGGUUUUGAGCUUCGUCAUGCAGCAUCUGGUAGACUUGGUGAAGUGCGUUCUUUGCGCCGACGAAAUUUGUACCAUUAUCCGAGUAGAUAUGUGUAGGGAUUGAGAUAGGACAGGGAAAUAAUAAUAAUAAAAAAUUAAAAAAGGAAGCAGGCGAUGAACUAAUAUAUCAGUUGAAUGGGAAGGAGUAAUACAGAUAGGAACGGUUAAUAAUAAUAUUCUAAACAAAAAUUGAAUUACCCUUGCAAGAAAAUAUUUAGUCAAGCAAUUUGCUUGAAAGGGCGAAAGAGCGUCAAGCGCAAGACAGGCCGGGCGAAACUGGAAAGUAAAGGAAGUUGGGGAAGACGGACGUUAGUCUUGUGGUUGAUCAAUUGAAGUAAGGUUGUGGAGAGGUUUAAAGCGAUGAAAUAAAGAAAAAAAGUUUGAUAAAAGUAAAAAAAUAGAUAAAAGUGAAGAAAAAUGUCCAUCGAUCACGACAAUGGCGCAAGUCGGUGAGUUGUGAGUAAAGAAGCUCUCGACAAGAAUGUAGCGCGUUGAAUUCAAGUGAAGAUCGUCAUAAAAAUACGACGCACGCGACACAGAAAAUGGCGGUGCCUUGUCAAGCGGAUGAAAUAUUGUACAGUUUUCAUCCACAAUACUUUUUUAUAUAAAGAUCCCGUACGAUUUUAAUUAACACUUUAAAAUUUUUUAAUGAUCAUAAAUAAGAUAUUACGGAUUAAAAAUAUACUCGUGUGUGAGCGUCGAUAUGUACGAUAUACGACGAUAUUAUAUACAUAUAUAUGUAUGUACAAGUAUGUCUUUGCCGAAGUAAAGGCAGAAAGAAAGUGUUUCAAUAUGGCGACGUGUGGUUUCCAGUGUAGAGAAAUAAUAAGUCGCGAUUUUUCUUUUCGAAAAUUGCGCAACUGUUUUCUAUUAUUUUUUUAGAGAAGGAACUGUAAUUUCGAAGACAUACUUAUAGAAUUAUAAUAUAGUACGAAGCUCGCGCGUGUGUGUCUGUGCGUGUGCACGUGUGUAUGUAUAUGUGUGUCCCGGUAACAAAAAAAAACCACACGAUCACGUAAAUAAAAUGGAGGGUUCAAAUUUUAAAACAGAAAAAAAGUUUUACAACGAACCAUCUUCUUUAUAAUAGACGUUUUUUUUCACAUUGUUUUACUAUUAGUUAUUUACAACGGUUUUUUUUAAAACAAAAAUAUAUUAAAUUUUAAUAGCUUAAAGUAAUACAUAUGAUAACUGUGUAAUAUAUACGCGCGUACCUGUGCGCACCGGGCAUUUGUGUGCAUGUACUUACUCAUGUGCAUAUGCAAGCAAUAAUACGCUUAUCAAAAAAAAAAAAAAAAAAAAAAAAAAACAAUACCUAGACUAGCAAAUCCUGAGUGAUUUGGCAAUAUUGAAAAUUCAAGAAUACAGCCAGCUCCCUGAGAGGACGGUACUUCCCUGAGAGGAAUUUCUUGAAAAAUUAACCAUGUAUCCCUGAAAGGACACUGUUUCCCUGAGAGGAAUUUCCAGAAAAAUUAACCAUGUAUCCCUGAGAGGACACUGUUUCCCUGAGAGGAAUUUUCCGAAAAAUAUAUAUUAAAAAAAAAAAAACAAACAAAAUGCAUGACAUAGACACAUCUUGUUUCCGAGACACGUGAACCCGAGAUAAAUAGUAUAAUUUUAAAUCACUUUACAAUCAACAAAUAGUGUUUAGGAAUGUGUGUUACGGUGUAAUUGAAAUAUUUCAACUGCGUUUCACGUAAUUGCGUUUUAUCUCUUUUCGCGGAUAUGUACCCAAAAAUAAUUUAAGUUUAAAAAAAAUAAUAAUAAUAAAAAAUACUUUAUGCAUCACAAAUUACCCCCAUUUAAAUAUCAUACUUAAAUACUCGACCGUACGUCUCGGGAACGCGUAAACUCGCACCUUAUGAACAGGCUGUGUACUUCUAGUAUUAACUUCUGACGCGAACGAUACGGUCUCAGCACCUCUAUCAGCAUUCCAUAAUACUUAACAGAACUAUAUUUUGGUUUGUCUUCAUAGUUAAUUUAUUUAUGGUGGUAUUGUUUUCGCGUUUUGUUAAUAUUUUAUCAUAGCAUGACACAGGCCAACAUUGAUGCAUUAACGGAGGCUUUAUUAGCAGAAAAAAACAAGAAUGCCCUCUUGGAGAAAGAACUUAAGGAAACUCGUAAAAAGAUCCGGCAUAACACCUGGAUAGAAGAACCUUCGGAAAAUCAACCGUUUGACCCCGAACCAUACGGGUCCUCGACAAUGAUCCAAACACCAGUACAGUCUACUAACGAACUUUCGAUGCUUACGUCGAUGUCAUUCGCCUCGUUACAAGUUUCCACUUGUACUCCCAAGGAAGGAGAGGAAGUGGAUAAAAAAUCCUUCGAACGAUGGAAGGAACAGCUCGAAGCAGCAAUGAAAUUCGCAGGCAUUUUUAACGAAAACAUGAAAAUGAAUGCUUUGAAGCUGCUUUGAAAACAUGAAAAUGAAAGCAGGUUAUUCCUUAUUAGAUACUCUGGAAGCUACAUCACCGAAUGAUUCAUCGAGCGAUGCACAGUUAUUCCCGUAUACUAAUGCAAUGGAAAGGUUGCAUAAAUACUAUAGCUCACACGAUUACGUUUUCCUACAGCGACAAAAAUUACGCUCUAUGAAUCAGAAUGACGGCGAGUCCGAUUUAACAUACGUAAAGAAAAUAAUUGACCUAGCAAAGCUCUGCAAUUACAAAGAAAACCAAUUGAUAGAAACAGUAGUCGACGUGAUCCAAGCACAUGCUACUAAUCCAAGAGUCCGUAAGACAGGAAUAAAAGUUCUAAGGAAACGUGGAUCAAUAACAGAUCUUUUGGACAAAGUGCGAGAAUGCGAAAUGGAACAAAUGAACGAUAUAAAUUUCGCAAGGACCCACCAGCAAAACUCACAAGUCCAACCAUCAGCACUAGUGGCCGCCGUGUCCAACAGCUCUUACCAUAACAAUGGGCCUCGUAUGGGAGGAUUCCAUCGCGGUAACUCACUGUACCAUCAGAAAUAUUGGGGCAUGCAAAGCGGAAGAGGAACAUCUAGACUAACACCAUCGCGGUUUUCAUCAAAUAGACCUUCCGGAGGUCGUCGCGAACAAUGUGGAAGAUGCACUAGCAACUAUCAUUCUUCUGAGAACUGCCACGCCAUCAGCAAAAGAUGUCGCAACUGCCACACCGUAGGGCACAUCGAACGUGCAUGCCGUCAGGGGAUUCAGGAUAAAACCAAACGUCGCGCAGAGGAAGAAGAAGCAGGAUCACCAGCAAUUAAGACUCGGAAGAUCGCGGCAAUUAUGGACAGCAAUAACACGCCCGAAACAACCAGUGAUAAAGAGAUCGUAAGUGAUAUACAAUCAUCUGAUCUUAUCUGACCGCUCGAUCAAAUUAUAUAUUCCUAUACUGAAUUCUAUGAUUUUUCUAUUCACUCACAUUCUAAAUUUAUUCACGCUUCUACAUUGUUCACAAAAGAGAAUUCCAAGAAUUGACGCCUUAAAAUUUGUUAUGGUUUGCAACUGACGAAUUAGGUAUAAAAAAAAAAAUAAAAAUAAAAAUAAAAAUAAAUAAUAUUAAUACAGCGAUAGUACUUACAGUUUCUUGUUAAAAAUAUAUUCCACAAGCUACAACUAUAUUUAACAUGGUACACCUAACAUACCUAUUAUUAGUCCGGGACGAGAUACCGGAACGGAAUGAUAUUAAAUUAGAGUACAGAUAGUUAUUAUAUUCUAUUUGAAGGAAUAUUUUAUACAGGUACAUGCGUAUGUAUAUACAUACGGACAUAUAUACAUGGGUAUACGGCGUACACGUAUAUAUGUGCGGGUGGGCGCUUAUAUGUACACACGUAUAUACAUAAACCAGACAUACUGAAUUUUAAUGUACUUCCAGGAUAUGAUGAAAGUGGCGAGUAAAGACAGCUAUUUACAGUUAACAAAGUCCCCUGAACAGACAACCGCUAUAAAUAAUGACCAGUUGUGCUCAGUCGAGAAGGGAAUCAACAACGAAGGCUUUAUUGUCGGAUAUGUCGCAGGCGUUCCUGUGUAUUUCAUGAUUGACUCCGGAGCGGAUGUGAACACAGUAGCUGAGGAUAUUUAUGAAGAGUUAAGAGCAAGUGACCCUAGAACGAACCCGAUAUACAAUAUAAAAUAUGGAACCGAUCGGACAUUGAAAGCUUACGGGGUACAGAAGGAAAUUCCUGUGGUUGCUUCCUUCAUAGCCGAGCUCUACAUAUCUGAAGAACACCCAAGAUCUUUAAAAAAAUUCUACGUUAUUGCAAAAGCAAAGCCUUUGCUUAGUAGAAGUACAGCAAUUAUAUAUAGCGUGCUGCAAUUGGGCUUGAACGUGCCAGUAAAAUGUUGCGCAUCAGAAAUCUAUAAUCGGUUGUUACCGGGAGAAAUACUGGCGAUAUCAAUGUCGGGAGAAUUCCCAAAAUUCAACAUUGCUCCUGUAGUUCUCUCAUACGAUCGAAGUUUACCACCAUCUCGAAACGUUUUUACCAAUAUACCAAUCGCUUUCAGAAACGAAACAGAAAAGCGUUUAGAGGAUCUCUUAUCCUCCGGGAUUAUAGAACGCGUAAAUGAACAAAUGGACAAGUCUUUUUGCUCGUCACUCCUGGUAGUACCGAAGGGUAAAAACGACAUCCGACUAGUCGUUGAUCUUCGAGGACCAAAUAAAUGUAUCGUAAGAUCGCCGUUCAGAAUGCCAACGUUGGAAGCGAUACUAUCAAAACUAAACGGGGCAUCAUGGUUUUCGACCAUAGAUUUGACUAGUGCCUUUUUCCACGUUGAGCUCCACGAAUCCUGUCGUCAUCUAACGAAUUUCUUCGCUGGUAACGGUACUUACCGUUUCAAAAGAUUGCCGUUCGGAUUAUGCAACUCACCAGAUAUCUUCCAGGAACUUUUACAAACCGUUGUCCUGGCUGACUGCCCAGGAGUCCUUAAUUACUUAGACGACAUUCUAGUGUUUGGCUCUACUAAGAAAGAACACGAUCGACACUUAGAUUCAGCCCUUUUAAGAUUGCGCGAACAUAAUGUCCGUUUAAACGACAACAAAUGUAUAUUCGGUGCAAGGUCCGUGUUGCGACGAAACCGUUCGACACCCUUGGCGAUUGAGCACCCCUGAGACGAAAGUCUCACCGGGCGAACGCCAAGAGAAGUGCAAUGAAAGACAGAGUAGACCGUCGGGAGAAGCAAUCCAACCAGCGAGGAGAACGGAGCAGAAUACAAAUCCGCAAGAGUGACGAAGAUUAGUAAGGAAGCGUAGAUAUUCAGAUUAGUGAAGGGACGAGAAAAUUUCAGAACCGUGUCAAAGGCGGUUAACGAAAAAUCAUCCCAACAUUUUCUGACAUUUUCUCUGGCAUCAGAGAAGAAGUAAGAUGGACAGCACACCGAAGUGCCAGCUGUGCAACCGACCCGAAGAAGAGCAAGCCACGAUGGAAAAAUGCUGCUUGUGUACGAAAUGGGAGCAUGCUGAGUGUGCAGGACUGUUCGUGGAGAUCAAAGAUCCAGCAUCGAGGUAUGUAUGCUCGAAGUGCAAAGUGAAGCAGGAAACCACAGCUGCUAAAUUUCGUGACGAUCGGGACACAGCCAGUUUAAAGCCUUCAGGGCGGUCCAAGAAAGGGUCAGUGGCUUCUACUAAAAGGAGCGAGAGGAUUGCGCAAGGAAGUGUACCUUCCACUCUUCUCUCAGUAAACGUGGAAGAGCAGCUUAAGCUGGUUGAAGAAGAGAAACGCUUAAGAGAACGCGAAAUAGAAGAGAAGCGAGAGCUGAAACGCCGCGAGAAUGCAGAGUUAGCCCGCCAACUAGAGGAAAAGAGAAAGCUGGCCGAGGAAGAAAGUCUUCUUCGGGAGAGAGAGCUUAAAGCCGAAGCGGAGAUGAACGCUCUCGAAACCAGCGUACGUCGUGAAUCACUCGAGAAAAAGCGCGAGCUGCUGUUGCAACAAUCUCGCGCCAGCAACAUGGGUUCACAGGAGAGCUAUAGUGAGAAGGUAGUGUGCUGGCUUAGAAAGAGUGAAGAAAUGCCUGGAGAAAAGGAAAGGGAGAAAGCUGUCUCUCGCGCCGGCUCGAUGCUAAUGAAUUUACAGCCUUUUGUAACAUCGAGUGCCAGAAAGAGAACGAACGAAAAGACCAUGGUGGAGGAACGGUUGAAAGAACAAUUGGAUCUAUCAGGGAGACAGAUAGCCGCACGUCACGUACUUGGUAAAGAAGUUUCCUACUUUAGUGGUGACCUGGAAGAUUGGCCGCUAUUUUUUAGUACCUUCGAAGAAACAUCGCAAACUUGUGGGUUUAGUAAUGCGGAAAAUUUAAUACGGCUACAAAGAUGCCUCAAAGGAAACGCGCUCGAGCUAGUGAAAGAUCAACUUACGCUGAAAGAGAAUGUGCCCGAUAUACUCGAAACGCUCAAAAUGAUAUAUGGUAAACCGAGCCUACUUAUUCGUUCGCUCCUUAACAAAAUCCGCUGCAUGUCACCGCCGAGACCGGAUAGAAUGAGAACAGUGAUAGAAUUUGGUUUAUCGGUAAAAGCUCUGACUAAUCAUAUGAGAGCAGCUAAACUAAACGCGCAUCUAAAUAACCCAACUCUAUUGGAAGAGCUCGAAGAAAAAUUACCAGGUGAUAUGAAGUUGAAUUGGGCCGCCUAUCAAGAAGAAAAGGCAAUAGAAGGGCUAGAAGGCUUUAGUGAUUAUGUCUCACAACUGGCAAAACGUGCAUGUGCAGUUACGAAUGACCUACACGAAAUAGCUAGAAUAGGAGAAAGAAGAAAAAAACAUACGGUCGCCUUAAACACACACGUAAGAAUGAAUGUAGAAGAGGAAACACCGAACGAAAGGUCAACGUCCUCAUAUCGUCCUCCUAGUGCAACACAAAGGAGACAAUGUGCAGUAUGCCAACGUGAAGGUCAUCGUGUUUACGAAUGCGAGCAGUUCAAAGCCGCCGAUGUGGAUGAACGUUGGAAAUUUGUAAAUACCAAGUCACUAUGCAGGACGUGUCUAAAUAACCAUGGUAAAUGGCCUUGUAAAUCCUGGCAAGGUUGCGGGGUGGAUGGAUGUCGCCUGAAACACCACCAGUUGCUCCAUCCAACAGUAGCAACCGAUGAAGCCGUAAGCGCAUGCGCAUCACACACAAAUGAGGUAAAUGCUAUAAGUCCAUUAUUCAGAAUACUACCCGUUACCCUGCACCAUGCACUUCACUAACAAUUUAUGCAUUCGUAGAUGAGGGCUCGUCAUACUCAUUAAUCGAUGAAACGAUAGCCCAAAAGUUGAACGUGCAUGGCAAAAAAACACCAUUGACCCUACAGUGGACAGGACAAGUGACAAGGAAAGAGCCCGGCUCAGAAAUAAUACGCCUGCAAAUAUCCGGGAGAGAUAAAAGCAUUAAGUACGGACUGGAAAACGUGAGAACAGUCAGCCAACUUAUGCUUCCAACACAAACGCUAAAAUACGACGUACUACAAGAACGAUACUCGCACUUGAAAGGGCUACCACUGCAGAACUACACACGCGCACAACCUCAACUGUUGAUCGGAUUGGACAAUAUCCGGCUUGGUGUGCCAUUGAAAAUUCGCGAAGGACGGCCACCUGAGCCAAUCGCUGCUCUAUGUCGACUAGGUUGGUCGAUCUACGGAGGAAGUGCAAAAAACAAGGCACCAGCAGCGAUAGUAAACUUUCAUGUUGCACCCCAGUCAGAUUGUAACAAAGAAGUCAACGACAUGUUGCGAGACUACUUCACGAUAGAGGAUUACUGCACGAAAGUUACAAAUGAGAAACUGGACACAGAAGAAGAAAGACGAGCGAAUCGCAUAUUAAAAGAAACAACAAAACGCGUCGAGCAAGGUAAUCGCUUCGAAACAGGGCUGCUUUGGAAUUCUGACUCUCCAAAUUUCCCUGAUAGCUACCCUAUGGCAGUUAAACGAAUGCAAGCACUAGAAAGAAAGUUCGCACAAAUGCCGGCACUUGAAGAAAAGGUACGGCAAACUAUAUCGGAAUAUGAAGCAAAGGGAUACGCACACAAAGCUAGCCUAGAAGAACUUUCAUCUCAGGCAGUUGAAAAAAUAUGGUAUCUGCCAUUGGGGGUGGUACAAAAUCCAAAGAAGCUAGGCAAGAUAAGGUUGAUCUGGGAUGCAGCAGCAAAAGUUGAAGGAGUAUCAUUCAAUCUAAGAAUGCUGAAAGGGCCGGAUCUUCUGGCCCCGCUGCCACAGAUCUUAUGUCAGUUUCGACAAUUUCCAGUAGCAGUGUCGGGGGAUAUAAUGGAGAUGUUCCAUCAAAUCCGAAUUCGUCACCCUGAUCGCCAAUCACAGCGCUUCGUAUAUCGCAAGAGCCCUUCAAAUCCGAUACAAAUAUAUGUAAUGGACGUGGCGACGUUCGGUUCUACGUGCUCUCCCGCCGCAGCCCAGUACGUGAAAAAUCUAAAUGCACAAGAAUACUCAACAGAAUUUCCACGGGCUGCUAACGCAAUCAUAAAAAACCACUACGUAGACGACUAUUUGCAGAGCUUCAAGACAGUAGACGAAGCAAUACAAAUCGUGAAUGAAGUUAGUCUCGUACACUCUAAGGGCGGUUUCACACUUCGUCGAUUCAUGUCCAACUCGACAGAAGUACUAAAAAGCGUCGGAGACUCAGUGGAAGAAACGUCAAAGGAUCUUAUGCUAGAACGAGGAGAAAACACGGGGUCAGUCUUAGGAAUGAAAUGGAAGACAGGCGAAGAUGUCUUCACAUUCUCCUUCUCCUCCAACGAAAGUGUCCAGCAUAUUCUCCGCGAAGACCAUAUUCCCUCAAAAAGAGAAGUGUUGAAAGUCGUAAUGAGCCUAUUUGAUCCUAUGGGACUUAUAUCCUUCUUCCUGGUCCAUGGGAAAACCCUCAUUCAGGAAGUAUGGAUAAGAGGCAUCGAUUGGGAUGAUCAAAUACCGGUCGAUAUAUAUAAACGAUGGCGAGAGUGGACAAAUCUACUUCCACAACUAGAUAAACUACGCAUACCAAGAUGCUAUUUUCAAUCCCCUUACCCUAGAAAUAUCGAUGACAUACAGCUGCAUGUCUUCGUAGAUGCAAGCGAAACCGCGUACUGCGCUGUGGCGUAUUUUCGAAUAGAGACAGAAGGAUCGAUCCAACUUGGACUAAUAGGUGGUAAAACUAAAGUGGCCCCCCUUAAGACGAUAUCCAUUCCAAGACUAGAACUAAAAGCAGCCGUUCUAGGAUGUCGAAUGCUGUCCAGUAUUAAAGAGCAGCACUCCUUUCCCAUAAAACGACAUUUCCUAUGGAGUGAUGCAAAUGUUUGCUUGGCAUGGAUAAAGUCAGCUAACCCUCGACGUUAUCAACAGUUCGUCUCCGUGCGAGUGGGGGAAAUACUGACCACUACAGAUCCACAAGACUGGAGGUGGGUGCCGUCAAAACAAAACGUAGCAGACUUGGCCACCAAGUGGAACACCGGCCCCGAACUAGUGAUGGAAAAUCCUUGGCUUACCGGUCCUCGAUUCCUGCACGAAAAAGAGGACCGAUGGCCUCUGAAACAAUCCAUGCCUGACACCAACGAGGAGGUGAGAGUAACGCACUUAUACAUCCACUCGGGAGUACCACCAAUCGACUUGUCCCGAUUCAGCCUCUGGAGAAAACUCCUUCGUUCUGCAGCAUUCAUCAUUCGGUACAAAAACAAUCUACGGAGCAAGGUUAAUGGGAAACCAUUGCAACUCGGGGUUCUUAAACACCAAGAACUACGGAUUGCGGAACUGGCAUUAUGGAAAAUUGCGCAAAACGAAGCAUUCCCCGAUGAAGUUGCAGAGCUGACUAAAACAAUGGGAGACCCUGAAGGACGACAUACAACUGUUUCCAAAUCCAGUCCCAUCUACAAGAAGUGGCCUUUCAUGGACGGCGAUGAAAUAAUAAGGACGAGAGGACGAAUCGGUGCAUCCAUAUACUCCAGCUACGAUGCUAAAUACCCAGUUAUACUUCCAAAGACUAAUCAUGUAACAUUUCUUAUUGUAGGUUGGUACCACAUCCAGUAUCGACACGCAAACAGAGAGACAGUGGUAAAUGAAAUUCGUCAACGCUUCGACAUUCCCAACCUGAGAGCACUAGUGAAGAAGGUGACUGAUGUAUGCUCAUACUGUAGAGUGAUGAGGAGAUAUCCCAAGCUACCACCAAUGGCUCCUCUGCCUAAGACACGUCUCGCAGCAUUUACAAGACCAUUCAGUUACACAGGUUUAGACUAUUUCGGUCCGGUACUGGUACGAGUAGGACGAGCAAACGCGAAACGGUGGGUAGCACUUUUUACGUGCCUAACAGUUAGGGCGGUCCAUCUAGAAGUAGUCCAUUCUUUGAGCACGGAAUCUUGCAUUAUGGCAGUGAAACGAUUUAUGGCCAGAAGAGGUACACCAUUAGAAUUCUGGUCAGACAAUGCAACAUGUUUUCAAGGAGUUAGUAACGAGCUUAGAAUGGAGCUCGACGAAACCCUUGCGUUGACAUUUACGAGUCCACAUACUAGUUGGAACUUUAUACCUCCAGCAACGCCACACAUGGGUGGCGCAUGGGAAAGACUGGUGCGAUCAGUGAAAACGGCGAUUAGUAGCAUAAUAGACGCGCCUAGAAAACCUGACGAUGAGACGUUAGAAACCAUACUGCUACAAGCAGAGAUGAUUAUAAAUUCUAGACCAUUAACAUACAUUCCAAUAGAAUCGGCGGAUCAAGAGUCUUUGACGCCUAAUCAUUUUCUACUAGGUACCUCAGAUGGAUCAAAACCAAUACUAUCGCCAGAAGUAGACAAGAAAACAACCCUCAGGAGUAGUUGGAAACUAUCGCAGUACAUUACGGAUCAAUUUUGGCAGAGAUGGAUCAAAGAAUAUCUUCCUGUUAUUACAAGAAGAAGCAAAUGGUUCGACGAGGUUAGGGAACUAAAACCGGGGGAUCUCGUGUUGAUAGUAGGUGGCACAACUAGAGGACAGUGGACUCGGGGAAGGAUAGAGAAGGUAAUACCAGGGAAAGAUGGGCGAGUGAGAGAGGCAUUAGUUCGUACGUCGAACGGAGUACAACGACGAUCAGCGACCAGACUCGCUGUUUUGGACGUCUUGGAGAACGGUGAACCCAGCCCUACAAAACCUUCCUCAAGUAGAUAGGGAGAGUUCACGGGUGGGGGUAUGUUGCGACGAAACCGUUCGACACCCUUGGCGAUUGAGCACCCCUGAGACGAAAGUCUCACCGGGCGAACGCCAAGAGAAGUGCAAUGAAAGACAGAGUAGACCGUCGGGAGAAGCAAUCCAACCAGCGAGGAGAACGGAGCAGAAUACAAAUCCGCAAGAGUGACGAAGAUUAGUAAGGAAGCGUAGAUAUUCAGAUUAGUGAAGGGACGAGAAAAGUGAGUGAAAAAGUAAUUUGAAAUGUGAUCGUGUAUGUCAUAAAAUAUUUUAAAUAUAGUUUCAGAACCGUGUCAAAGGCGGUUAACGAAAAAUCAUCCCAACAGUCCGUUAAAUUUCUGGGAUUCAACUUAUCUGGUGACGGAUGGAGAGUUGAGGACGACAAGAGAAAAGCCAUUGAGAACUUUCGUAGACCGGAAUGCUUAUCCGAAGUCAAAAGUUUCUUAGGGCUAAUGAAUUUUGCAGAACGUUUCAUCCCUAAAAGAGCCGAAAAAACAGAGAGACUAAGAACUCUUGCCAGAUCAGAGACUUUUUACUGGACGAGGGAAGAAGAAAAUGAAUUUCAAUUUCUGACUAGGGAAGCUCUUAACGCAAUUAAUAGACUCGGAUAUUUUGAUGAAAAGGAUACCACAGAACUUUAUGUUGACGCGUCCCCAACAGGACUCGGCGCAGUACUUGUACAAUUUAACGACGCAAAAACACCACGUAUAAUAGCUUGCGCUUCCAAAUCACUCACAUCAUCAGAAAAACGAUACCCUCAUACGCAGAAAGAAGCUUUGGCAAUAGUAUGGAGUGUAGAAAGGUUUACCUAUUACUUGAUAAACAAAUUCUUCACAAUUAGAACAGACUCUGAGGCUAAUGAGUUUAUAUUCGGCAGCUGCCAACGUACGGGUAAAAGAGCGAUUACAAGGGCAGAAGCAUGGGCUCUUCGUCUUCUUCCAUAUCAAUUUAAUGUAGCUAGAAUACCCGGAGAUUUGAACGUUGCCGACACACUUUCACGAUUGAUCGGUAAGUCUCAAACAGACGACGCGUUCGAUGAAGAUAACGAAAAACAUUUGCUAUAUGCACUGGACGCUGGCGAUAUGAAUAUCUCAUGGACAGAUAUACAAACAUCAUCCGAAUCAGACGAAGAACUGCUAGCUGUUAGAACGGCAAUUCAAAACGGGAAGUGGAUAAAAUCCCUCCGGCGAUAUGAGGCAGAAAGCAAAAACCUCGAAACAUUAGGACCUAUCGUUUUCAAGGGCGACCUUAUAGUACUACCUACAAAUCUUCGUGCUAGAGCACUAGAAGCGGCCCAUCGAGGUCACGUCGGUUGUGGGGCUACAAAGAAGAUACUGCGAGAAUUCUUUUGGUGGCCGAAUAUGUCGAGGGAAGCAGCGGAUUACGUGAGUAAUUGCGAGACCUGUAUCGUAGUCUCGAAAAGGAACCCACCUAUACCCUUAUCAUGUAGAGAAUUACCUAACGGACCGUGGGAGAUUUUACAAAUCGAUUUCCUAUCCCUACAGGGUUUUGGAUCGGGGGAGUUUCUGCUGAUCGUAGAUACGUAUUCUUGUUAUUUGCACGUGUCAGAAAUGAGACUGACAAAUGCUAAGAGUACCAACGCAGCCCUAUCUAAAGUCUUUUCAAUAUGGGGGUUGCCUUUAAUUGUCCAAAGCGAUAAUGGGCCUCCUUUUCAGAGUUCGGAAUUUAUUCAAUAUUGGGAAGCUAAAGGGGUUAGGGUUAGAAAAUCAAUACCCCUAAGCGCACAGUCGAACGGAGCGGUAGAACGACAGAACCAAGGUGUCAUUAAGGCGGUAGCAGCAGCAAAAGCAGAAGGAAGGAACUGGAGAAUAGCAUUGGACGAGUACGUCCAUACUCAUAACACACGAAAACAUCACUCACGUUUGGGAAUAACACCCUUUGAACUGCUAGUGGGAUGGCGGUAUCGAGGCACCUUUCCUUGCUUGUGGAGGUCCAAGUACGAACCGGAUAGAGACGAGGUACGGGAAAAUGACAACUUAUCAAAACUAAUAAGUAAACAGUACGCAGACAAACAUCGAGGAGCAAAAGAAAAUGACAUCGCAACCGGCGACAUAGUUUUAACAGUUACUUCUCAAAGAACAAAAACCGAUCCUACCUUUUCCAACGAAAGGUACACGGUAUUAACGAGAGAAGGCGCCAAGGUUGUUAUCGUAGACGGGUCCGGGAAUAAGCUAACUAGAAAUGUCCGAGAUGUCAAGCGCGUUCCAAAUAUUAGUGAUAACUCUUCAGUCGAGGAUCAGGGAUUAACAGAGGAAGAUUGUUUUACAACGCUACCAAUGUCUGUUUCACAACAAGUUACCGAGAAUAGAAACAAUGUAGAAGCUAGACCAAAGAUAGACAUUCGCAUACCGGAAAGAUUCAAAAAUACACUAAUGUAUCAUAUUUGUUGAUUAAGAGUAGAGGUGACGUAGGAUGUAGGGAUUGAGAUAGGACAGGGAAAUAAUAAUAAUAAAAAAUUAAAAAAGGAAGCAGGCGAUGAACUAAUAUAUCAGUUGAAUGAGAAGGAGUAAUACAGAUAGGAACGGUUAAUAAUAAUAUUCUAAACAAAAAUUGAAUUACCCUUGCAAGAAAAUAUUUAGUCAAGCAAUUUGCUUGAAAGGGUGAAAGAGCGUCAAGCGCAAGACAGGCCGGGCGAAACUGGAAAGUAAAGGAAGUUGGGGAAGACGGACGUUAGUCUUGUGGUUGAUCAAUUAAAGUAAGGUUGUGGAGAGGUUUAAAGCGAUGAAAUAAAGAAAAAAAGUUUGAUAAAAGUAAAAAAAUAGAUAAAAGUGAAGAAAAAUGUCCAUCGAUCACGACAAUAUGGUUCGGCUUGUUUCGUCGGAAGAUGAAACGGUAUAAAGCCUUCAGGAACCCUGAUGUACUUAGGUCACCCACAAGCUCCAAAUGCACUGCUUUGGUGCUCAUGCAUACAAAAAUGCAUAGGUACGCCUUUUGAGGAGCUGCUUUGCGAUGAACAGGCUUCAGCAUUAUCGGCCCACAGUAAUCCACACCGGUACAGACAAAUGCUUCGUUUGCAGUGACUCGAGAAAGCGGUAGCUGUCCCAUCGGUUGCUGAAUUAGAACAGGAUUGGCUCGGUUGCAGCGAUAACAUGCUCGGAUGGUAGAUCGAACCGCUCUCCUGCCAUUCAAUGGCCAAAACUCCUCGCGAAUGGCUGAAAGUGUUGAUGUAAUGCCACCAUGCUACAAUGGGCAGUUUAGAACAAAUUGCGGGAUAAAAUUAUUUUUGCAGAAAUUGUUAGUUUUUAUCGUUUGUAGUAAAGUAUUAUGAAAGUAAAUAACAUUUUAUUUGUAGUUCGCAUCCAUACCACCAGGUGGCGCUACAUAAAAUAGUGUUUUAAGGGAUCUUUGCUUAGUUUUAUCAAUUGUGUGUGUUUUUUUCUUGUAUUAUUUGUUGCUAAUAGUAUAAAUCAUUUUAAAAUAUACUGUAAUGUUCGAUAAUGAAGAUUAAAUAAAUAAUAAUAAUAAUGAAAUAUAAACAAAACAUUAUAAUUUUGAAUAAGAUAAUUUUUUCUGCUUUGUAUAGGACAAUUGUAGCUAAUUCUCGUCACUUUUACUCACAGGUAGUACAAAUAUUAAAAAAUUUACAUACACAACUUAGGUGGAUACUAUUACAAGCUCCUGACGUCUAGUUCACAUUUCUAAAGACAUGAAUAAAGGCAUUUAAAUAUUUAGAUAGAGCAGGUACAUUGAAAUAAAGUAGUUCCCAAAUUCGUAAUGAAAAGCAGC